AUGGGUAGACAGAACUCCACCAGUGUGGCUGGCUUCAUCCUGAUGGGGCUGACGGACUCUGCAGAGACACAGGUGGUCCUCUCUGUGCUCUUCCUCCUGAUUUACCUGAUCACAGUGCUGGGAAACUCAGGGAUGAUAUUGAUUAUCCGGCUGGAUCCCCAGCUGCACACCUCCAUGUACUUUUUCCUCACUCACCUGUCAUUUCUCGACCUCAGCUACUCGAGUGUCAUCACCCCAACAACCUUACAGAACUUACUGACUUCUAACAAGAGCAUCUCCUUCCUGGGCUGCUUCACCCAGAUGUUCUUUUUUGCAGUUUUUGGCACUGCAGAAUGUUUUCUUCUCUCCUCCAUGGCCUAUGAUCGCUAUGUAGCUAUCUGCAGACCCCUGCACUACCCAGUCAUUAUGUCCACAAGGCUGUGUUGUGCUCUGCUCACUGGCUCCUAUGUUGUUGGCUUUGCAGAUUCCAUUGUGAAUGUGGUUUUCAUGAGCAGACUGCAGUUUUGCAACUAUCACAUCAUCCAGCACUUUUUCUGUGACAUAUCCCCUAUUUUAGCCCUGUCCUGCAGUGACACUUCUGAGGUUGAAGUUAUUAUAUUCAUUUUUGCUGGCUCUAAUUUAGUGCUGUCCCUCAGCACCAUAUCUGGGUCCUAUCUGUCCAUCCUCUCCACUAUUCUGAAAAUUAAUUCCACUGCUGGAAAGAACAAAGCCUUCUCCACCUGUGCCUCCCACCUCCUGGGAGUCACCAUCUUCUACAGCACUAUGAUGUUUACUUACCUAAAACCGAAGACGUCCUACUCCUUGGGCAGGGAUCAGGUGGCUUCUGUGUUUUACACGAUUGUGAUCCCCAUGCUGAACCCUCUCAUCUACAGUCUCAGAAACAAAGAGGUGAAGCGCGCUGCCCUGAGAGUCCUGCAGAAGAGAUGGGGCCAUGAGCAUUUAAUAUCCCAGUGA